AACAGAAGGGGGUUAUUUUUAGUAAUUUUACUGUUUGGGUAAUUCAAGUUGCCAUGGUUAUUUAAUUGCAAACAAAUACUAUGCUUGAACCAUGAUUAAUUUAUCGGCAAAAAAAUAUUUAUACAAGAAGUUGAUAGUGAAUUUGCCGAAUUUACGGCAAAAGUGACGUUUUAAUCCGGAAUAGCAAAAAGUUUUACGUAAAAUUCGACUUUAAAUGAGUUUUCAAAUGUCAAAUUCUUUACGAUGUACUACAGUGAAGAUGACGUUGAGCCUAAGACGGUUCAGAUCGCCGUCAUUGGUGAACCUAAAACUGGAAAGAGCUGUCUCUGCCACCGGUACCUGGGCGGGACCAGCCUGGCGCCGUCAGGCGGGACGCAGGGCGCCGAGGUGAUGGCGGGGCAGUGCGUGGGGCUGCGGCCCGCGGUGCCGCUGCAGCUGUGUGACGUCGCCGGCAACGCGCUGCAGACGCACAUGCUCGCUAACUAUUUGUAUGCUUCUGAUAUAAUUUUGUUUGUGUAUGACCUCACAAACUUACAAAGUUUCGAGAAGUUAAAGGAAUGGAUUAGAAAAGUUAAGGAAAUAUUCGAAAAUGAAAUGAAGAAGCCGCUCAUGGCUUUGUUCGGAAAUAAAUCGGAUUUAGAACACCAGAGGGCAGUGCGACUGUCCUGCGUACAAAAAUUUGCGUCUGAACAUUUGCUGGAAAAUUUCAAGGGAUCUGCACGGACUGGUGAUAUGGUAAGCCACGCGUUCACAAGCCUGGUAGCGCGCGCGUUGGGUCUGAAGGUGCAUCGCUUACCGCCUACUGUCGUCGACGGCAGGUCUCCCGCACCCAAAGAACUGGAACUAAACGGCCACGCUCAUUCCGAACCUAUGCAGCCACUCAUAAUGAAUAGAAAAGCUCUCAGAAGGGUUCAGAGGAAAGCGUCAUCGACAAUAUGUAACAUGCAAUAAUAAAAUAUUUGGUUUAAUAA